AUCUGCACUCAGUGAAUGCAGCGUCAAACAAGGAAGUCUUUUAUUUCACAUAAGAAACCCAAAUGCAAAGUAACUAAAUACGUCGAAAUUGCUAAAUCUGUUGUAUCGUAUUUGUAUCUCGCAAAACUUGCAGAUUUAUAGUAUUUACAUAAAAGUGGAUGCAGACGUGCAGGCAUUUGUAAAAUGCUUCAGAAAAUCUUUUCCGUAAAGUUGAAGCUCACAUGACAGCAGAACAGCAAUGCGGCGAGGGGCAUCAGUUCCUGUUCUUGGUGUUUUGACUGCAAUAAUAUGUUGCUUUUCGUCGGAAAGAACACCAAAUGCCUCAUCUCCAAAUAUUAUCAUCAUGCUCAUGGAUGACAUGGGCUGGGGGGAUUUGGGGGUGUUUGGCCAGCCUUCAAAGGAGACCCCCAAUCUGGAUGCCAUGGCUGCUCAGGGAAUUCUCUUUCCAGACUUCUACACUGCCAACCCACUUUGUUCUCCAUCUAGAGCUGCACUUCUCACUGGAAGGCUUCCUAUCAGGAAUGGGUUCUACACUACUAACGGUCACGCCAGAAACGCAUACACACCACAGGAGAUAGUGGGAGGAAUCUCCAAGGAGGAGAUUUUGUUACCCCAAAUGCUGAAGAAGAAAGGUUAUGUCAGUAAAAUAGUUGGUAAAUGGCAUCUAGGCCACAGACCACAGUACCUUCCUCUGGAGAACGGUUUUGAUGAAUGGUUUGGUGCACCAAACUGCCACUUUGGUCCCUAUAACAACACCGUCAGACCCAACAUCCCUGUCUACAACAACUCUGAGAUGCUUGGGAGAUACUUUGAGGAAUUCAAGAUUGAUAAAAAGACCGGAGAGUCUAACCUCACUCAAAUGUAUUUGGAGGCGGGUCUAGACUUCAUAAGUCGCCAAGCUGAAGCCAAGCGACCCUUCUUCCUCUACUGGGCCGCUGAUGCUACUCACUCCCCUGUUUAUGCCUCCAAGCGCUUCUUAGGGAAGAGCCAGCGAGGCCGCUACGGAGACGCAGUGAUGGAGCUGGACUACAGCGUUGGUCAGAUCUUGACCAAGCUGCAGGAUCUGGGCAUUGAAAACAACACAUUCGUCUUCUUCACCUCAGACAACGGAGCAGCUCUGAUGUCCGGCCCAAACGAAGGUGGAAGCAACGGGCCGUUCCUCUGCGGGAAGGAAACCACUUUUGAGGGGGGCAUGAGAGAACCUGCCAUUGCCUGGUGGCCUGGACGCAUCAAAGGAGGCACCGUGAGUCUCCAGCUUGCCAAUGUCAUGGAUCUGUUUACUACCAGCCUGGCUCUCGCUGGCAUCAGUCCUCCUGGUGACCGAGUUCUGGACGGACUGGACCUGACGCCUGUCCUGUUCAACCACUCCCACACUCUCCAAACCAGGCCAAUCUUCUUUUACCGCGGGAAUGAGCUGAUGGCUGUGAGGAUUGGACAAUACAAGGCCCAUUUCUGGACCUGGAGCAAUUCAUGGGAGGAGUUCAAUCAGGGUGUGAACUUCUGUCCAGGUCAAGAGGUCGGCGGUGUGACCACCCACGAACAGAAAGAGCACACUCAACAGCCAAUCAUCUUCCACUUGGGGCGGGACCCCGGAGAAAAGUACCCUCUCAGUGUUUUGAGUAAGGAGUACCAGGACGCUUUGAGCUGGAUCUCUACGGUAGUGCAGAAGCAUAAGGAGUCUCUGGUGCCUGGAAUGCCCCAGCUGAACAUGUGUGACAUGGCAGUGAUGAACUGGGCGCCUGCUGGUUGUGAGAAGUUAGGAAAAUGUUUGAAAGUUCCAAAGUCUGAACCCUGGAAGUGUGACUGGCCUCACUAGAGCAAAAGAAGAGAUGGAAGAUCUUAAAUUGAAAACUUUUUUUUUUUUUUGCAUAUCAGAAAAUUUGUUGACAAGAGGAGUAGAAAUGACCUCACAUGAAAGUAAUAAUGUGUUAAUUUGCUUUGAAUUUUGCAUUUGCCUUUUUAUUACUCGCAGAGAAAACUUCUGUCCCUCAUUGUUCAGUCUCUGUGCUUCAAAAAGUGGGAAAAAUAAAAGGGAAAUGCUUUUAUUCUGAAGAACUUUUAAGGCAAUGCUGCAAAGUUUCAAUCUUUUGAAUCGAUUUUUCUUUUUUUCUAAAGAUUUUCCUUCUUGUACUGUUCAUAAAAUCAAAACUGCAUAAAACAC